AUGAUUGACAAAGUACUCUUAAAGACUUAUAAGUAAUUGAAAGCAAUUUCAAAACAUUACAUUCUAACAUUGAAUGAAUUAGUAUUUGAACGAAAUUCAGAUCACAUUUUAUAAAUUAUAAUUGUCUAAAUUUUUAUGGUUCUUCAUGAAUUACAACAGAUUGAACUUUCAAACAACCCUAAUUUUAAUUAGUAUAAAUAUUCAAUAUUUAGCUUAAUUUUAGAAAUUGCAAAUCGAUACAGGAUUACUUUUUUAUUAUCAACUAACUCAUCUUCUGUAUUUUAUGUAAUGGCUACAAUUAUAAUAACUUUCUCUGUUUGUAUCAACAUACUGACAAUUAGUUAUAUGAAAAAACUAAUACAAUCCAAUUCAGUAACCUAUUAUUUAAUGUUUAUUAAUCAUUAUUUGCUAUUUAUUCCAAUCUUUUAUGCAGCUUUUCAAAAUUUAUCCCUAUAGUCAAUUAAUGAAGUAUCUAUCAUUUGCAUGAUUUUAUCAUUAACUAUUGAAGUCUUGAAUAUUUCAUUCAAUACAAAGCUUUAUUUUAUAGAAACUGAAGGAGCUUACUUUUCAACAUUAAUUCAUUUUAUAAUUAUGUUCUUUAACAUUUCAUUUUGUUUAAUCAAAGCAAUUAUACCAUAAAGCAUCUUAAUUAUUUAAAUAAUACAAAUUAUACUCAAGAUUAUUUAUUGCUCCAUCAUUAUUGAAAAAUAAGAUCAUAAUACAACUUUUUAAUUAUCAAUAUAAAUUAUUAUAAUUAUUUAGAUACUAUUAAACACUUUUAAAUUAGAUUGGUGUUAAAUGAUGAUUUAUUUUAUCUUAGGUAUUACUUUAAUAACUGCAAUUAGAUAAAAGAUUAUUUUAUCUUAUAUAUUAGAUAAUAAUCAGUUAUCUUUAUUAAAAUUUUAAAUUCAUAAUUUAGUUCAAUCAAACAAAAAGAAAAAGAUUAUUGAAAUUUUAAUAGCUUCAUAAAUCAAACAAGCUAACCUUAAUAUUUUUCAGAUUAUAAAUAAUUUUGAUAAUUUUGAUUAGAAAAUUUAAUACAUUGAUUACUUAAAAAAUAAAAAUUGUAUGUAAGGACUUUUACUGUUAUCAAAAAUUAAAUCUGAAUAAUUCUCAUAUCUACAGAAAAUAAAAUUAUAAACAAUUAAAAAAAUAUUCAAUUCUCAUUGCAAUCGUUAUUAUAAUCAAUAAGAAGAUAUAAAAGUGGCCACCAAAGUCUUAAUUGUCGAAGAUAAAGUGAUUAUGAUUUUAAAUAAAAUAUCAAAAAUAAAAAUAGAUUUUUUACUGCAAUUAAAAAGUGAUUAAGAGGAAUAAGCUUAUAUAAAUUCAAUUUUAAAGAGCUUAAAUAAAACUACAUAAGAAUUGUAAAAUUACAAAAAUUAAUUUGAAAAUUUAAUUGAUUUAAAUCAAUAAAAAAUGAAAUUUCUAUCCAAAAGUGAUAUUCUAACUAUCAAACAUAUAGCUAACUUUUAUCAAAAUUUUUAUUUUGAUUCAGAAAAAGUAUUUAUAAUAAAUGUUAAAUUAGGCCUCAUAAAUAAGAAGUAGAAUGAUUGAUAAAAUUUAAUGGAAUAAAAUAUUAAAUCUAUAAAUUGAAGCAUGUAUUUUAAAGACAUUUAUAAAUUAGGUUAAUGCUUCGUUAUACAAAUUAGCUAUUAGAGGGAAUUUGGAAAGAUUUAUAAACUUAAUACUUAAAGAUUAAAAUAAACAUUUCCAAAUCUCAAAAUUAUACCACAAAAUAUGUUAGAUAUACUACCUCUAUUUUGGAAGGAUUCUUAUUUUAAAUUAAUUAAAUCUUAUUUAGAAUCAUCAUAGAAUUCUAAGAAUAUAAUAAUAGGAGUUUUAAAAAAUGAAUAAUUUAUUUAACCAUGCCAAUUUAAUCUAUCAUACUAAUUAACAGAUGAUGAUAUUAUAAUUAAUCAAUUUAUUAUAAUUGAAAAAUUGACUCCGUAAACAUUAUGGUUUAAUUCCGAUGGUUAGAUACUUGGAAUUUCUAAAGAAAUUUAUGAACAUUUAAUUUUAAAAUCUGAAAAUGCCUAUACCUAACAACUAAAGAUCAAUGAAUUUUUGGAAAAUUCCAUGAUUCAAUUCUAUAUUAAUGAUAUUUAUUCUUAAGUUUUAUAAUUUUAGAAUUUAACUUUGCAAAACUAAUUUACACUAAAAACAUAGACUUAAUGGAAAUUCCCAUUAAAUCAUAAAAAAUGUUUUGAAAGAGUAAAAUAAUUUUAUCAAGAGGAAAUUUAAUUAACUUCCAGAAAAUCAUUACAAUAAUUAUUUUAUUCUUAAUCUACUAAAAAUAUGUUUAAUAAUUUUAAAUCAAAAGUCACUAUAGCUUAAGCUACAGAUCCUAAAAUUUAAAAUAUUCCAAUAAAAAUGAUAAAACCUAAUUAUCAAGAAUAAAUAUCAAAAUUAGUGAUCAGUUCUAAAUCUAUCAGUAUAGAUAUUGAAUAUGAAUUAAACUUUUAAAAAUAUGAAUAGAUUUAAGGUGAUUAAAUAGUAUUAUUUUCUAUUAACUUUUUAGGAGUUGAAGGAUUAAAAAGUCACAUAUCUUAAGAUUAAUACAUUUAAUAAGGUCUUAAUAAUCUAAUAAAUAACAUAUAAUAAUGUGAUUAAUAAAAUAAUUUGGAACGAACAUAAACAUAUGUUUAAGGAGAGAAUUUAAUAAAUCAUAAACGUUCAUAUAAACAUAUUAAAAUUUCAUUGUUUCUAUUAUUAAUUGUUUCAAUAAUCCUAAUAGUUUUAUCUUAUUUUAAUAUUUCGACAAAUUAAAAAGAUAUAUAAGUUUUUGAAUAUUAUUAUGAUUAUGCAAUUUAUCCAUAAGCAAUUACAUUUGUUUAUGCAGCUUUAUAUUUAAAUUAGUGGAAUAGAUUGUGUUAAAUUAAUAAUAUUUAUAACUUAUCUGAUUUUGUGGAGAAUUCAAGAUUGGGAUCACUUGAAUUUGUGAAUGGAAUAUUUUUAGUAAGAUACAAUUAAGAUGCAAUGGGCUCUUAUCUUUUAAGUCUUGAUAUAAAUUAGGAAAAGAUUAUUGUUGAUUUUUAUAUUAAUAAUACUCUUGAAAAGGAUGAAAUGGAUUAUUUACAAUUUUUUGAUAUAGCAAGAACAAAAAUGGAUAAAAUGCAUAGAGAAAAUUUAAUUAAUUAUAAAACACCUUUAGAAGAUUAUUCAACUCUAAAUUCAUCAAAUUUUAUAAGAUAAAAUGUUAUAAAAAUAUUUGUAUUUUGUGAUAUUGCAAUGGAAGCUUUAGUUUAAAUCGUACUAAAUAAAAUAGAACAAUCAACUUUACAAUUUAAUAUAAUUUUAAUUGUUGAAUGUAGCUUAGCUUGUAUAAUUAUUUUAAUUUAAUCAACAACCAUGAUCUGGUCUUCAGAAAUAAAAAAUAACAUUUUCUAACUAUUAAGUCAUUUAAGUCAUGAUACAAUAAAUGAUAUGAUUAUUUAAUUAGGUGGAAUACAUUCUUAUCAUACUAUGACCUCUACAACUUAAAAUUAAUCAACAACCAAUAAUUAGUAAUAAAAUCGUCUCAUAAAAUCAAAAUCUAAUGCUUAAAUCAAUCAUAAAUUAACUAACCAUAAAUAUAAAUCUUUAAAAUCAUUCAUAUUACCAUUAACCUAUUUUGUUAUAUUCAUUACUUUAAGCUUAUCUGUAUCAUUCUUACAUUUAGAAUACUAUUCUUAAUAUAAGUAGUCUUUGAGAACCACUUUUUAAUUUGUUAAACUCAAGAAAAUAUUUGAUAGUUCAGUAUUAUUAGGAGAAUUAAUUAAAACUGAAUACUUAAUAAAUUCUGAUUCAUUAAAAUACAUUAAUUAAACAGAAAUUAUAUCUUAAUUUUUUAAUUAUACUGAUUAGUUGUUACCAAUUAUCAAUGAUAUAAUUGAUGAAGUUAUGGAAAAUGAUAUUUUUAAUACAUCAACAUAAAAUAUUAUUAUGACAGCGUUGUAAGGAAAUCUAUGUGAAAAUUUUCCUAAAUUUUAUUAUUUUUGUAAUAUUUCCUCCGAUUUAACCUACAGUGAAAAAGAUAUUACUUAUAUGUAUUUAACUUAGGGAAUUAGUGGGAUGAUGUAAAAAUAUUAAAAUUUAUUACAGAGUGAAUUUUCAUAUGAAAGAGACUCUCUCUAAUAUGAAACAGAUAUAACACUAUUAUAAGAAUAUUUAGAUUCAUAAACUCAUUAAAAUAUAUUUGUUCAAUAUUUUUAUGAUAUGGAAUACUUAGUCUAUACUAGUUUCAAUUAUUUUUAUGAAUAAACUAUGACAAUAGGCUAAGAAGUAAAAGAUAAAUUAAGUAAUUUCUUCUUAUACUCAGGAUUAAUGUACGAUUUCAUAUAUAAAUUUUAGAUCAUUGGCUAUAAUAAGCGUAGAAUUUCUAAUAUGGUAUUAUAUAGAAGAUUAAGAAUUUAGUUAAUUGAAAUUAAUAAUUACACUUCUUCCAUAAUCUUUACUAAAAAACAAAAACAUUAAUAGAUUGGUUGUGAGAACUUUUACUUAAAUUUAUUGA